AUGGAACGGUACCUUAGGGAUGAGCCCAAGAUUCAAACUUUCAAAAAAAUACCGUCGGACGGCUCGAGGUGCGGCUGGUUCAUCGAGGAUUUCGGCGAUCACCGGCUCGACGGACUGAGCAGCGCCAGCUCGCCGAUGUCCUGGGACGGUGCUCUCAGCUGCGCAGUUUUGGUCAAGCAAGAGCACAUCGACGACGAGGAAGAAGAAGAAGAUGACGACUCGUACCACCAAAACGGCGACACUUUACAGCUGCGGCUUGUCACUAGGAAUCCUAGUACGCUCACGCCACCUUCUAGUCCUGAAUCUGGACCUGGACAUAGUAAUGGCGAAAAACCGUACAAGUGCUCGUGGGAGGGUUGCGAAUGGCGCUUCGCACGCAGCGACGAACUUACAAGACACUAUCGCAAACACACCGGCGCCAAACCGUUCAAAUGUCGCCACUGCGAACGGUGCUUUAGCCGGUCCGACCAUUUGGCCUUGCACAUGAAACGUCACGCGUCCGGGUGA